AUGGGGCAUCUGGUCCUUACUUGUGCGCUGCUGGAGCUCGUCCUGCGGUGUCAAUCGGCGCUCGCCCUGUCGUUCGACCACUGCGUCCGGCUGUACCGCAAGCUGCUCGCGCGCCUGGAGGUCCGCCCGACAGGUUUCUGCGCCGGAAAGGAUUCCGCCCCGGGGCACGGAACGCUGCAGAUGGAGCUGGCCACCUUCCUCAUGCACCGGGGGGAGGUCGAGCGAGCGUACGACGCCGUCAAGCCGUUAUUGCUCUCCUCCCUGCAUAAGCACGUGCCCAUCUACCACGUGUACGUGGGCCUCCUCCAGCACGCCCUCUGGCUGAACAGCGUCGAAGCGGACGCCCGACGGGUGCAAUCGGACGCCCAGUCAGCGGCCGGCGCGAGCGUCCGAACGCACGAACACCUCCGCCUGGCCGCGUCGCACUUCGAAACCGCGGAGAGCUUGGAGCCUGACUCGCCGCUUAUCUUCAACUUGAGGCGGCAGCUUGAGGCGGCGGCUGCAGAGCUGGGGCCGGCGGCCGGCCGGGCGCCCGGAGUAGUCGAGCGGCUCUCCCGAGAAGUGAUGAUCCAGAAGCUGACGUCACUCUGCGAGAAGACGCACGACGUGGAGUGCUACGAGAGCUUGCUUCUCUUGUUGGAGGCGGAAGAUCCGGUCGAUCCGGCGGCGCUCGAGCGGUGCUAUCUAGAGCUGCUCCAGGUCGACCCAGGAGCGGAAGCAGGGCUCACGGGCCUACGAACGCUGUACGAAAAAGGUGACGUCAGCGUCACCGUGUUUAUGGCGGCCCUGGCCAAGUUUCUCGAAGCGGAGCCCAGAGAUACCACAGCAUGGGGCGACCUGCUGGGCUGUAUUGAGCGCUGGUGGGUCGCCGCAAAGGACUCAGCCAACUCUCCCCCAAUCACUUUGGGGAUUACUGCUGACAGUGCAAGAGUCCACUCGACUCGGGGGAGAAGUCUUGGGGGCCCAGAAGUGGGUUCAUUGCGACGCAGCGAUGAUGUGGCAAGGGACUUUGCUGACGUGUGGCUGUGGCGGCUCGACAGCUGGCGUGAGCAGCAGUUUGGGCGGGAUGUUUUGAGGCAUGAUUGGGACCUCUUCUUGCGUACAACGGACAACGAAACUAGAGGUGGGGGCGGGAGGAUGGGGGUAGCAGAGAAAGAGCGGGGGAGUGGGGGGGUGGAAAGAGGGCUGAUCGAGGGGGGGGACCGGGAAAACGAGCUGGCCACGUGGCUCCGGACCAAGGCCGCGGUGUCCGCGUACUUGUACGGACCGCCGAACGAGUACGCGCAGAGUGUCCUGCGGCUGUUCCGUUGCGAGGGCGGCAAAGGGUUCGACGGAGAAAAGUUUGCGCGCGAGUUGGAGGCGCGGUUCGGAGAAGCGGAAGCGUACGUGAAAGUGCUCAGACGCGAACGGAAGAGAAGAGACGAACGCUUCUGGGAAGGGGCGCGGGAGAGGGAGGCUGCCGUACGGGGCAAAGAGAAGCACAAAAAGGAUUUGUUAGCGAGUCUUGUAAAGUCAACCGAAGCGAGCGGAUUACAAGGCGGAUUGGUGACGGGGAGGGAGUUAAUCCAGUCGACUUCGGGGAAGGGUUUGCAGUCUAUGGAGGCGAACGAAGGGCCUGAGUUAGAGGCUGGGUCAGGGGCGAAACCGGGUGUACGGCGGGGGUUUAGGGGUAUGCUUUUGCAGCACACCCAGGCUGCGCCCAGUGGGAUUGCAGAUCGGAGUUUGUCGAAAGGUUUGGUUAUUGCGGAGGUUCCUGCAAUGACUGACGUCAAAUCGGUGAGCGCGCCGCCGCUGACUGGGGCGGCGGCGGGGUUAGGGGGCAUCUCGGAGUGGUUAAGGAGCAUGUACCCGAGGGGCGAAGUUGCGAAGUCGCUGGCGGAGACUGAGACGGUCGAGCCGUCCGUUUCGGGGCUAACAGCGGGGCCGAGCGGAACCGGAAAGUCAGUGUCCGUUGCAGCGGACCAGACGACCGCGGUGGUGGCAGUAGAAGAGAAGGAUAGCGGAAAUCUGAGAGAAGAGGAUGAAAGCGUGUUUGGUGUUCUAGAGAUUGCUGAUGAGUGGCUGGCUGAGGUUGAGGAGGAAAGGGUGACAAGCCGUACGACGGGGAGACAGCGCGGGGACACAACAAGGACCGGCAUAGGCGGACAAUGGGGAGGAGGCAGAGAGAGUAGCGGUGAGUCGGAAAGUAGUGACGAGAGCGGGGAAGAGAGCGACGAGGAGGACGAUGAUGUCAGCGGGAAGGCGCCGCGCAAACGGGGUCGGAAGAAUGUGAGCGGCGGGAACAGGAGCGGAGGGGAAACGAAAAGUAGUGGCAGAGGCGGCGCAGUAAGUAGCUUGGAUAGUGGCGAAGAGAGCGGGGAGGGGAGCGAUGACGUCAGCAACGGAGAGAGCGGUGGCGUCAGCAGUGGGGAGAGCAGCGGGGAGAGCGAAGACGUGAGGAGGCCGGGCCGGAAAGAGAGCAGCAGUGACGAGAGCGAUGACGUCAGCAGCGGCGAAAGCGGUGACGUCAGCGAUGAUGACCAGGAAGCCGCGAAAGGGAAGCGGGUCGAGCGGCUGACGGUAAGGCAGCAGGCGCUUAAGCGGAAGCGGGAAGAAAGAGAGCUUGGAACGGGGUGAGAAAGGAGGCCGAUGUUGGAGAAGAAAGGUCUCUCAUAAGCAGCCGGUCACUCAUGCGAUGACGUCAUUGAGCUGACAGCAAAGCUUGGGAGAAGUCCGGUUGCCAUGUUUACGGCCAGGAAGCGAGCGCUCGAGCGGAAAGUGAAUCGAAAGGAAAGAGACAGAAGAGGGAGAUGGAAGGGUGGGCCAGUCAGCUUACACAGAAGAAAGGGGCCUGGGCGUAUGUGAUGGCGUCGCUCAGGAGGUGCGAGAGCAGAGGUGGACCGUCGACGAAGGGGACGACGGAACCAAACGGACGGAAACAGGGAGGAGGAAACGAGGAGAGAACUCGGACCCGGGAACCCCUGCUGCCGCUGAUGCUGUUGAUGACGUGCCCGAAAAGCUGCCGGGGGCGUGCUCUUUUCUGCGGGGCCGAAGUGGGUCGGCCCGCUCUGGAAAGAGACGGGCGAGCCGAGGUAUCGUGUUAGCUGCGGGUUUUGAGAAAUUGUAAUCGUUUGUACUGGGGUUCAAAACGUUUACUGCCGCCUGAUUUCUUAGGACACGACGACAGUAGGAGAUGGUGUAGGAAUACAUUGUAAUUGGACACUGUGGGGCGAUAUGUUGUAGGAUCUGACACUUGGUUUAAAUUCGUGAGCCCAAAGGUUUUCAUUUUGUCAGACUUUCUCGCUGUGAACCCUGUGC